UUAUCGAAGUACAUGAUGCUAGAAUAUCCUUUUAAUGGGCGAAAUCCUACAUUUUAUUCAACUUUAUAUGCUAUUAAGCCUCAUAUUUUAGUCUUAAAUAAAAGUGAUCUUGCUGACUUAUCACGUAUAAAUGACAUCAGACAAGGUUUGUUACAAGAAAAUAUACACCAUGUUUUAUUUGCUAGUUGCAAAGGUGGAUCCAAAAGUGGAAUUAAUAAGAUCAUUCCAUUGGUUACAGAGUUGAUGAAAGAUACCGAUUUUUACAACAGAGGAAAUACAUCAUCUUUUACCCUAAUGGUUAUUGGAAUUCCAAAUGUAGGCAAGUCAUCUCUUAUCAACAGAUUAAGAAAUCUUCAUUUAAAACGAAAGAGUGCUACUUCUGUUGGUGCAGAACCAGGUGUUACAAGAUCAGUUCUUGAGAAAAUCAAGAUAUCAGAUGAACCACUUAUCUAUUUAUAUGACACUCCUGGCGUUCUACAACCUUGCAUUAAAAAUGUAGAAGUUGGACUUCGGCUUGCCCUUUGUAGUGAGUUGCCUUCUUUUAAAUUUAUGUAAUAUCUGAUACAU